AUGUUGGUGUAUAUCUGGCUCCUCAACUCAUUAGUCCAGUCGAUCGCCGCCACAGUUGAUGACAUUGAGAAGGUGAAGGACGUCUGGGAGAAGUUGAGGAGGACCUAUGAUGGAGUAGAGAAUAACCUGCGGGUGUUCCAGAUUAAGGGAGAAAUCGACGCCACAGUCCAGGGAGAGCGGACUGUACAGGAGUAUGCCACAGAGCUGGAGCGUUUAUGGCUAGAUUAUGAUCACUUCUCACCUCGGACGAGCUGUAAGGAUCCGGGAUGUAAAGAGCAGGAGGCCUUCCUACAAGAGAGGACUAUGGUAUUCCUCAAGGGAUUGACAUCAGAGUUCGCUCAGCGAAUUGCAUUGCUGAUCGCUCAUCCGAAGAUUCCCACGCUUGAGGAGGCUGUCUCUGCUAUGAUCUAG